AUAUAUAUAUNAAUCUCUGCGUUUCCCUUUUCUGCAGUACAAAACGCCAUUAAAAGUCUCAGCUCCUUUUUAAACCGCCCAUGUCCUGACCAAAGCAUAAAGCCUCACAUAUUGUCUGUAGAACAGAAAAAAUUUGGGCCCUCCGAGUUUCAGCUGCUGAGCUAGCAACCGGCGCAACAAUGGCAGAUCGCGAGAGAAAAUGGGUGAACGAAGAGUUCCUAACGUACGCGUACAUUCUUCUUUACAUCGCUCUCUCCAGCGGUCAGAUCUUCUUCAACAAGUGGGUUUUAUCAUCGAAGGAAAUAAACUUCCCUUACCCACUUGGACUGACUCUGCUUCAUAUGGUCUUCUCUUCUGUUCUAUGUUUUAUGGUUACCAAAGUUUUCAAGAUUAUGAAAGUUGAUGAAGGAAUGACUAUGGAUAUAUAUAUUAGUUCUGUCAUCCCAAUUGCUGCAAUGUUUGCUAUGACACUUUGGCUUGGGAACACUGCUUACCUCUACAUCUCAGUUGCAUUCGCCCAGAUGUUGAAAGCUAUCAUGCCCGUUGCCGUGUUCAUCCUUGGUGUAUUAGCUGGACUUGAAGUGAUGAGCUGUAGGAUGCUUCUCAUAAUGUCAGUGAUCAGUUUUGGAGUGCUCGUGGCUUCUUAUGGGGAGAUGGAAAUAAAUUGGAUAGGUGUCGUUUACCAAAUGGGAGGCGUGGUUGGAGAGGCAUUGAGACUGAUAUUCAUGGAGAUUUUUAUGAAGCGCAAGGGGCUAAAGCUAAACCCCAUAUCCGUGAUUGCUCUUUGCCUUCUAAUACCGUGGAUCUUCCUGGAGAAACCUAAGAUGGAUGCACAGGGGACAUGGAGUUUCAAGCCUUUGAUGUUGACUCUGAAUUCUCUAUGUACUUUUGCCCUCAAUCUUUCGGUUUUCCUUGUCAUCUCGCACACAAGUGCCUUGACCAUUCGCGUGGCUGGAGUUGUCAAGGACUGGGUUGUAGUUCUGCUGUCGGCCCUUCUUUUUGCUGACACGAAGUUGACACUUAUAAAUCUUUUUGGAUACGCCAUUGUGAUUGACCAAAAUUCUGGAUCUGCAGCUAUUGCAGGGGUAGCUGCAUACAAUAAUCACAAGUUGAAAAAAGAAGCUUCUCGUGAUAGCUCUGGUGACACAACUCAAGCCGUACCUCUAGUUGAAUCUCCAGCAUCAGACCGUAUUCUUAAGUGUUUACCGGUAUUUGCCGAUCUUGUGCUUGUAAACUGUUGGCGGCUGCUAAUCGAGAUUUCACGAUCGAGUUUGUUGCUCAAGAGCUGUUGA